AUGUUUGGUGUGUCGGCAGUGCCGGUGGCGGAGGCAAAAUGUGUUCAACGGAGGCAGGGACUAAAAAUUCACGACAGAAGGAAACAAGGGUUAGAACUUCACGGCGGACGGAAUUGGGGGCUAGAACUUCACGACCGACGGAAGCGAGGGCUGGAACCGAACGUGUACACGGCGCUGGAACCGAAUAGGUUCACGGCGCACGGAGGCAGGGGUGGGGCUAGAAAGACGGAGAGGGGAGUUGGAAUUUCACGGCGGGCGGAAGCGGGAGGUCGGGGCUGGAAAGACGAAGCCAAUUUGUUCACGGCGCGCAGGGAGGUGAGAAGUAUCCUUCCUUUUUAUCUCACUUCAUCAAAGAUUGUCAAAGAUUCUGCUACUUUGAUGAUAACUCUUUCAAUUUAUGACUGCUUGAUGUCUAUGAUAUCUGGUUGUGAUGCUUUCAUCAUUCUUCCUGGUGGAUAUGGAACUUUAAUGACAAUUUUCACCCUUGCUACUUGGGCAGAAAUGAAAUUUCAUACCAAACCUAUUGGUCUGUUAAAUUUCAAUAACUUUUUCCACCACUUGCUUGGAUUUCUAGAUGAAGGAGUGUAUCAAACUUUUAUAUCUCCCUUUCAAAGAGAAAUAUUCAAGUCUGCAAACACAUCCUCUGAACUUAUCCAGAAGCUUCAAAACAACAUCUCAACAGUUCAAGAUUCUGUGAAAACUCCAGGAUUCAAACGCAAGCGAGCAUUUGAUCCUUUAGAUCUAUCUUUGUGA